AUGGCUGACACCACUUCUCCCCGCGGGACAAAACGCGCCCGCCAUGCUUGCCUGAACUGCCGUCGCAAGAAGACAAGAUGCUCUGGCGAGCGUCCCAUCUGCGCCUUCUGUUCUCGCAUGCAGCAGGAAUGUGUCUACGAUGCCGGAACUAGCAUCCAUCCUCUUACACCGUACGACGUGAACCUUGCUGCUCGUGUAGCAUGGCUUGAAUCCAAACUGGGAGCAAUUGAUUGGAACAGCUCAGAUAACUUGCCACCAGUAUUGUCGGAUCGACCAUCGCCUGACGGGGCGAGUAUAGAAGGGCGCCAACAUGACUUUGACAUGACUGCACAUGGCAGCGACUUUUCGUGCAUACCUGACAUGAACAUACUCCAAUCAGCCACAGACGUCUACUUUCGCCUUUGUCACAAUCAUCCUUACUCCUACUUCACAGAGUCUGACUUUCGCGAAAAGCUCCAAGAACGAUGCUUCCCGUCUUAUCUCCUGCUAUCGUUCAUGGCCGUUGUAGCCAGGUACUCUGACGAUCCUUUCUUCAAAGGCCAAAACGCUUUGGCGGCAGAGCGCUUUGCCCGCACAGCAUGGUCCCAAAUCUCCGACUACAUUUUCUCCAGUGAUGGUGAAGCAGAUAUCCAGACAGUCCAGGCCACCAGCAUGUUAGCCAUAAACGAUUUCCUUUUUGGUCGACACCGGGCUGCUUCAGUCAAGACGGGACUUUGUGUGCGUUUAGCCCAGACUCUUCGACUCGGCGAGCAAUCCGAGUAUGAUACGUGGUCUGAAGCAAGGAGACAAGAAAGUCGAAUGACUUUCUGGUCUGUCUAUCUCCUUGACAAACUGGUAUCCUGUGGCCGGGAUCGUCCGCCUACUAUACUGGACGCGGACUGCACUGUUACGCUUCCUACGCUCCAGAAGUACUCCAAAGCUACUCAAACGACUCUCUCAGCACUCAUCCAGCCAUCUGAGAGCAGUCAGGUGCCCCAGCUUGAUGAUUUUGCGCUUGUAGUCUUCAUGGCUUCUGUGUUGGGGCGAACAGUUAGGUUCAGCCUCCAGAGAGUAUCAAAUCCUUCCUAUCCACCAUGGGAUUCUCGGAGCGAAUUCGCAAGCAUCUACGGUACUCUUUUGAGCUUCGAGGCCUUUUCCAAUUCCCGUCCCCAUGCGUUCGAUGCUGAUAUUCCGUUUGGCUAUUCAUCGGCCAACAAGCCCGAGUUUGCCCAAUCCAGCCACUUCAUCUUUGCGCAUGUUCUAUAUCACUACAAUCAGUGCAUCUUACACCACCCUUUCCUACUCAAGUUCCGGCUGAAAUCUUCACAUACGCGAGUACCACCUACCUUUCUCAGGGAGGCCAUUCGCCGGAAUAAGGAGCAUGCAGAUCGGCUUAUCUCAAUUCUCACAUUUGUACAAUGCGAACAUCUCCCAAUCUCCACCUUUUACGGAUUUUGUGCCGUCAUCUCCGGGGUCAUACAGAGACUUCAUAGUGCAACAACUACACAGAGUUGUUUGAGCCGAAAAGACGAGCUGUUUCAGUCAUGUCUAGAUUUCCUUGACCAUGCGCCGCACCAAUAUGUACACUGCAAAAGGAUGUCAACCGUGCUUCGUACAUUGCAGCCUAAUUCUGCGUACGCUGACGCCCUCAUGUCUCCACUCCUAUUCCCAGAACACCUCCACACACAAGACGACAACAUAGAUGAGCUUCUGUGGAAUACUUUCGACUAUGGCUGGCUUUGUGACCCCAACCGACCGCUUGAAUUCGAACAUCAAGUGCCGAAAACAAGUUCGAACUCCAAUUACGGAGAAGUGCAACUACCAGAGUCAAGUGUGGGGUUUGACUAUGAAGAUUGGGAUUGUUUGUUGCACAUUGGGGCAGGCGGAUCAUUGCCAGCAGGUUCUACAGCUGCACUUGCAAACCAUCUUUGA